AUAGGUUUCAAGCUGCAUGCAGGAGGUGACCCUGUUUUCUGCUUGUGUGAAUAGCUUUGAGGAGUGUGGCUGCGAUUCAUGGUUGUCAAGCAGGUCCUGGAGGUCACAUUGUAGGGAACCAUGCUGUGUGUCUUGUGAAAAUUGGUCAUCUUGUGAUUACCUGAAACCGAUUUCAGGCAGUCCAAGAUCCGCUUACUGCAGAGUGGUGUGCUUUACUUCAUCAUCUGAAAGUGGGGAGGAGGAAACCAUGGAUGGCAUUGUGCUUACAAAACCUGAAGAGCUAGACCAAGCUGAGGAAAUCGACAAGCUGGUGCGGGCCUUUGAGAACAUGCACCUUGGGGAUGUCAAUGUGUCCUGCAUUUCCUAUGCGUGUACUGAUGGUAGCAAUAGCAAUAACAUUGUAGAGUAUCAGAUAGUGGGACAUCAUCAUGUCCUCCUUUUGAGAAGUAUUACUGUGAAGGGGCAGAACAGUGAGUGUGUUAACAUUGUUUAUGACAAGCCACAUUACAUCUCUGUGAGCAAGCAACACAUUGACAUAAUCACUGUUCAGAUAAAGUCGGACCAGGACAAAAUCAUGCCAUUCUGUUUUAGCAAGAGAGCAGAAGAUGCUAAUGCUGAAAUUACAGUCUCAGAAGAGGGAGUGAGAGAAGAGAAGAGGAAUGCUCAUUACAUCAGUUUGGGAUGGAGGAGAAUGGAAGGGCCAGAAAGAGAAGAGAAGAAACAGAUGCCGUUUCCUGUCAGCCGGCAUAAGAUGGCUGAGGCGGAGAGCUUCACUGGAGAGGCAGACAAGAAAGCACCUGCUAGCUGGACACGACAACAAGAAUCAGCACCGAAUCACACCACUGACAUUAUGAAGGCUGCAGCUAUGCUGGUCCUCCUUGCUCUGGGACUCUGGUGUUGCUUCUUUGCCUCAGGUGCUUGUCUUUCUCGAGGACCACAGAUUGACUGCAGUGAUUACAAGAAGCUUUCUGACAUGGCCAAACCUACUAGAUGCACCUUGGAGUUCUUUCCAAUAUGUGGUUCCAAUGGCCGAACAUACACCAACAAAUGUCUCUUUUGCAGAGCAGCCAUGGCAAGUCAAGGGAAGAUCCAUUUUAAGCAUUAUGGGAAGUGCUGAGAAGUUACCACAGGUGCUCUAUGGAGGCAUCUGACAGCUCUGCCAUCUUCAUUUCAUCCCACUGUCCCAUCCUAAUCCACACAACCACAUAUUCUCCAAGGUUUUACUGAUUUGUUGGUUUAAAUAAAGAGUGGCGUAUA